ACUGCCCACCUCCAGUAGGUCGCGGAGUUGCCACCUCCCAGUAGGUCGCGGAGUUGGGUGCGGAACUGAGUUGUUCCCGCAGCUCCGGGAGAAUGGCUGCGGCGGUGGUACUAGCCGCCGGCGUGCGCGCGGCGAGGAGAGCCUUGGCGGUCUCUGGACCCCGGGGGGCGCAGCUCCAACUGAGUACUGGAAGAGCAUUUGCCAGCUGCCUCCCUUGGGUGUGUCUGACCCACCUGCAGGUCCGGGGAGCUGCAGGUGUGACAGACGGGAGUGAAGUGACCAAGGCCCAGCAGGCAGCUCCUGGAGGAGCAGCUCCGACCAUCUUCUCCCGGAUCCUGGACAGAAGCCUUCCAGCUGACAUUCUAUAUGAGGACCAGCAGUGUCUGGUGUUCCGUGAUGUGGCCCCUCAGGCUCCUGUGCAUUUUCUGGUCAUUCCUAAGAAGCCCAUUCCUCGUAUUAGCCAGGCUGAAGAAGAAGACCAACAGCUUCUAGGACACCUUCUCCUUGUAGCCAAGAAGACAGCAAAGGCUGAAGGCCUGGGAGAUGGAUACCGACUUGUGAUCAAUGAUGGAAAGCUGGGAGCACAAUCUGUAUAUCACCUUCACAUUCACGUACUUGGAGGACGCCAACUCCAUUGGCCUCCAGGUUGAACCUGCCAACUGACCCAAGAAACUUGGAUCUGGAUGUUUGGAUGGGAAAAGGGAAACUGUGAUGCUAAUAAACCUAUUCUC